GUCAGUCCAUUCCUCCUUCAGUAGGCACAGACACAAACGAGAAAGCAGCCCUCGCGUGCAGAGAUGCGACUCUCCGUUGCGCUCUUGGCGCUUGCAGGAACGCUUCUCUUGUGCAGUCAAGGUACUUGUCACUACUGUACAUUGCUAUUUUGCCCAAUCUUGAAUAACGGAAGACCAGCGGCUGAAUUUACACGGGCUCAACGCGCGCGUCCUUCCUACCUCGCUCGCCGCAGGCGGCCUCGCGCAGAACCCCGGGCAGGAUAAAAAGGCGCUUGAAGGCGAGCUUGUUUACAUCGAUUAUCAUGAUGGUACAUUGUGGUGUGGAUUGCUGUGGCGCAGGCACGGGCGACUAUGCGGUGACCGACACCAAGAACGGCAAGGGCAAGUUCGAAGCCCUGGGCAAGGGCAAGAAGCCGCCGAAGAAGGACAAGAACAACAAGGACAUCCAGAUUGGAGACUACGUCACCAUUGGCUGCACGGUCGACACCACGACGGGCCAAUGCUCGGCCAUCUCCAGCACGGAUGUGGCCAUCGUCAAGCCCUCCUACAUCCCGCCCGCCACAAACGUCUUCCCCAAGCUACUUGUGCUGCUGGUGAACGCUCCCGCUUGCGGUUCCAGCCUGCCCUCCACCGCCAGCGUCAGCUCCAUCAGCCAGCUUUACUUUGGCCCCAACCUGGACGGCAAGGGCGGCUGGGCGUUCAAGGCUGAGAACUGCUCGUACGGCGAGGUGCAGGUGGACGUGCCCAACUCCAUGGUCAUGACCGUCAGCCCGACCUGCACCUGGCCGACUUCCUCGUGCGACGCCUGGGCGGUAGCCAACGCAGCCAACGCGGCCGCCAAGGCAUCCCUGGGAGAUGCGGUAUUCAACACCUACACCCAUUUCCACACGCUAAUGGCGAUGCCGUCCGCCUGCAGCUGGGCCGGCCUGGCAACGCUUGGCGGCGGCCAGAGCGGUGGCCAGGUGUGGCUGAACCUCAACACCUUCUCGCAGACGUUCGCCUCGUGGGGUCAGGUGCCGCUGCAGGAGAUGAUCCAUAACUUUGUCAUCUACCACGGCUACUCGAGUGGCAUUGAGUAUCAGGACAAGACGUCUUGGAUGGGCACCGGCACUGCCUGCCCCUCCACCACCGAAAUGAACUGGCUGGGCUGGGCGUCGCCCGUGCAAGGCGGCGAGGGCCUGGAUGCGGUGGCUCUGGCGCCGGGCGCAGCCAUGGGACCCUACACCAUCCCCGCCACGUGGGUCACCGGCCUGGGCAACUUCGUUCGCGUCAAGCCCACAUGGACCAGCUGGUACACCAACACACUGUAUGGCAUGAACCUGUACUUCGAGCUGCGCCAGGCCGUAAACAGCGACGCCAAUCUGGACCCCCUGUACGCCGGCAAGAUUGUGGUGCACGAGAUUCUGUCCUACAUGGACAACGACAUCCCCACCUACCGCAGCAGUGACCCGCACUCCAACUACAUGACGGCGGUGCUGCCAAACACCCGCACGGUGCUCAGCUCUCCCUCUCUGGGCGUGGCCUACAACCUAGUGCUUUACGCCGGCCCUCUGUCGGGCUCGCAGAGCCAGUUUGUGCCUCUGUACCUGUGCCGCUUCACCACCGCUGACACCGAGUGCCCCACCCUGACGGUUGCGCUGUCCAACACGCCCAAGUCGCCUCCUCCUCCUCCCUCGCCGCCUGCUCCCCCUCCGGCCCCGUCGCCUCCGCCAUCGCCCUCCCCUCCCUCUCCUCCCCCUUCGCCUCCGCCAAGGCCGCCCCCCUCUCCACCUCCUCCCUCUCCUCCCCCCUCGCCUCCCCCUUCGCCUCCCCCGCCUUCUCCUCCCCCUAAGGGUGGCAAAGCCAAGCCUGGCGAGCGCGCCCCUCCCAUGCCGCCCAUGCCGGUCGAGUUCGAGGGCUCCCCUCCUCCUCGCACUCGCAACCCACCACCUCGCCGCAACCCCCCGCCCCGCCGCAUGCCCCCUCGCCACCGCCAUGGCAAGCAUGGCGGCAAGCACAUGUAAGAGAGAGCCACGCCAGCUACAGUUACAGUGCCCCAGGAGUCAUGGCGGGAGGUAUCAUUGGAAGCUGGUGGGGCAAUGGAUACGCUCCCGAUGCGCUGACAAAGCGCUGAUAGGUCCAGCAGUUUCUCUUGGGUCCUUGGUCUCGAAGCAAGCACGCAUGGAGUGCUACGAUGGUGCAAGACUAGCCUUCUUGAUUGGUGGCGCGGCCUCGAGGCCUAUGGUCAGCAUGGGUCAGGUUAGAAGGCCAGGGGGCGGUUCCCGCUGCCAAUCAUGCCGUCAGGCCUAGGUGCGUGUUAUGCUGAGCGUUCCAGGCCUGCAUGUUGGUUGUAGAGCUAGGCCUUGUAAGGCGUGCCGGUUAUCGCCUGUACAAGGCGUAUGCCAAACACAUUGAUGCGAUGUGUGGGGGUUUGGCGAUUACGGCAAGAGCCACGGAUGCUCUAAUGUCAUGGCAGAAUGCCCCCGCGGUACUGGAAGCCGUUUUGGAGGUAGAAGAACAUUGGCCGUGGUCAGCACACACGGAUCGACAUGUGCGCGGACGGGUAGAAGAGAAGUGGUCGUGAUGAGGGGUCGGGGAGCUUAAAGUACUUACUGCCUUCUCCUUGCUGGAGUUUUGUCAAUUGUGGCAAGAUUGGCUUACGAAGAUUACCUUUCGCUGGCGCUGCCAGUGGUGGCUAUGUGCGUUGUGUGUCCGUCAGAUGCAGACGGUUGGACGCCACACUACACUUAUACUUUGGGGCGGUCAGCAGUGGGGCUCGUCUCCUUUUGACCCCUUUGCUUUAGUGAGCUUGCAUGUACAUUGCGCCUUUUACCUCAUGCGUUCACUCUGACUGCACAUUAAGGCAUGACGCAGGUACGGCAAUGUCAUAGUUAACGGCUUGGUAAAUACGGCAGCCUUAAAUACUGCUGUUUGAGCAGGUGAGGGACCGCUAGUGGCAGUGUGUCACUUCAUGUGUGUACAGCGCUUAUCCUUUCACAACCUGGUCACGACAUACCCGCAUCCACUUCCUGUCUUUCAUGCGUCCUAGAGGUUACUGGUAGCUGCAUUGUGUGUGAUUGAUAUCCUAAAUACAUCAUGCACGAAAGCAUUAUUGUGCUCAUUGCAUGACACGUUCCCGUGCAAUGGGACACCAUACCGCGUCACCUGACCCCUUGAGGGGUCAUAGCUUACUGUUGUAAGAUCUCUGUCAA